CGAGUAUCUGCACAGAUGUAGACUGGGAGAGAAACUAGUCAGGAGGGAUAUAUGUGGCAGUGGUGGGCGUUUGGGGGUUCAGUGUAGGCUGAGGCAGAUUGCAUACCGUUCUGGAGUCCACUGUUACACCUUUAGUGAGAAAUCAGCUGGAUUGUCAAGUCACACCAACAUAUUGACGUGUGGAUUGGUGAUCACACACACCUAGCUGUGACGGAAGUACGAACAACACCCGAUCACAGCAGCAGGUAUACCAGUGCUGACCUCUAGCGAGUGUUCCAUUCAAGCGCUUGACUUGUGUAUCUGGGCCAGCGUUAUGUGGUGUGGCAGUCUAGGUAGCUGAGGCCAGUUCACACAAGUGGCAUUGUUGCUCAGGAGCAGUCGAGCAGAACAGCUUCAGGGGAGAGAUAUUCUCAGGAUACUCCACCUGUCACCUUGUCUCAGGCUAUACUACUACAGUUAUUGGGAUGGAGUAGGCUCGCUACACCCACAGCAUCAACUAACACCAUCCACCCCUCUACCAUCACCAUCCACCCCUCUACCAUCACCAACCAUCACCCAGCCAACAUCCAGUCAACACCUAUGCUUGCCCAAGUUUGAGCUUUGAGCAAGGCCUGUCAGCAGCAAAGCCGAGAAAGGAAGCAGCAAGCAAGCAAGAGCAAGAGGAAGAGCGAGCAUGGGGAAGAGCAACAGUAAACUGAAGCCAGAGAUUCUGGAGGAUCUGCGCCAGAACACAAGCUUCACGGACGAGGAGCUCCAGGAAUGGUAUAAAGGAUUCCUCAAAGACUGUCCAAGUGGACACCUCUCUGUAGAUGAAUUUAAGAAAAUAUAUGGAAACUUUUUCCCCUAUGGAGAUGCAUCGAAAUUUGCUGAGCAUGUGUUUCGCACAUUUGACACAAACAGUGACGGUACAAUAGACUUCCGUGAGUUCAUGUGUGCACUCAGUGUCACGUCACGAGGGAAGCUGGACCAGAAGCUGAAGUGGGCAUUCAGCAUGUACGAUCUGGAUGGUAAUGGAUACAUCUCUAGGAAUGAAAUGCUGGAGAUUGUUCAAGCAAUUUACAAGAUGGUUGGCACAGUAAUGAAAAUGCCUGAGGAUGAAUCAACACCAGAGAAACGUACCGACAAAAUCUUCCGACAAAUGGAUAAAAACCUGGAUGGGAAGUUGUCAUUGGCAGAAUUUAUUGAAGGUGCCAAAAGUGAUCCUUCAAUUGUGCGUCUGCUUCAAUGUGAUACUCACUCUCAGAGUUGAGUGGGACGUUAUCGGUUCUUUUCUAUGUAGAUCUAUCACCAUAUUCGGGGGUUGCCUCCUCUUCUAUUGCCUCCUGAGGAGCCCUUUGACUCAAGAAGGUAUCUCGGUCCAGGCAAUGGCAGGCAUAAUGGCGACCACAUUGUGUUACUGUUUUGUUCAGGCUCCAAUGCUGUAUAUAUUCACUGUACAAGGACAGCCAAUCGCUGUGAAGAAUGAACUGAUACUGUAUUCCACACACCCCAUUAUAACUCGGGAGAAAGAUGGUCUCAGUGGUGUUCCUACUGCAUACUAUUUUCCACAUGUCUGUUGUUAGAGAUUUGUAUGUAUGUGAAUAUAGGGAAACUUCAUCUAAACAUGUUGAUUUGGCUUCUGAUUUGAAAUUGAAUGCUGUUUUUCUGUGGUUGAGUUGAAUUUGUUGUGAGGAAAUCAUUUCCAUACUUAACAUUCUGAGAUGUGUUUGUACAGCAAAUAAUUACAAUUAUUUAUAAUUGAUAAUAUAUGAAGUUGAUAUUCAUGAGAUGUUUAUAUUCUGCAAUAUAAAUAUAUAUAUAUAUAUAUCAGAGGAUGAGUAUAAAGGGACUUUUAAGAAUAUUGACUGUGUCGUCUGAGCUUUUUUAUAAUAGUCCCUGAGUGUAUUAUCUUCUCCAUCAACCCCGAUGAAGUAAAUACGCAGCAGAAUGAGUCUAGUCCAUCUCACUGAAAUUACUAACAAAGCAUUGAUUACCGUAUCAUAGUAAGCAAGCCUUUAUUCAUUGUAGUGUAUCACCAAUAUCUAUGUCAACUUAAAGCACGGAACCGUUCUGUAUAAGCACCUGCAGGUGAUGGCGUUCUGUUUGGCCAAGGGCAAAUAAUGUAUAAGACUAUCUAGACCAGGAUCGGAUAUAAGAAUUUAAAAUAAUUCAUUUGGAUGUUCACAUUAUGAAUGUCUUUGCUCUUCUGUUUUGCCAGAUCAAUUCUGUUUCUUGUGUUAAACAAUUUCUGGGUCAAAAUGCCAAGUGUCCAGAUAAAGAAUAUGAUGUGGUCAGGGUUGAUUUGAGGUUAGUUUCUACAAUAAACUCUAACAAGUAUACAAACACAAAAGGUUCAAAAUAACAUUUAAAAUAUAGGUUUUUUUUACAUUUUAUGUUUGCAAACAACCCAGGCUCAUCUAUAACACAAGAAUAGGAAGGGUCCGGCCUAGGGUAUUAUAUUUUUUGCUGUUGGUCUGUCUUGAGUGUGUAACAGUAGUCUUUUCCUGACUGGACGUGUGAUUUAUAUAUUGUCUUGCCAAUACACUGGUCUGCGGUCCAAUCUUCUUGAAACCUUGGAUUCCUCGUCCUCAUCCUCGUCAUCAGCAUAUACCUAAUGAAGGACUGCUCAGACAGUACAGUAUGUAUAACAUGCAGGGAGCAUUGGAAACACGUCAAACCUCUAGGACGGCAUUGCUUCCGUUAUUGUUUACUUUGAUCAUUACCUUUAAUACGAGUAAUUCUCAUUUUCAUUUCUUUUUUCAAAUUCAGUAUUGUUAAAUGUUUAUAUUAACAUGUCAUUUUCCAUCUUGAAGUCUUCAGAAAUAUCCCAUCAUAUUAUUUUCUUUUGCAUUGUUAACCUACUUAUUUUGUGGUGAAGAUGAUGAGAAGUGUUGAUUGUACACUGUUGAAGGAAGGAAGGAGCUCUGUGUGCAGCAACAUCACAGCUGUAUCGUAUUGGAUGUUGUUUUCCACCUGUCUGUGUCAUUUUGACCUGAUUAUAGGUAACAUUUUUCAGGAUCUUAAGUGAUUUAAGGUAUCAGUUUUUAUAUCAUUUCAUUGAGGUACCUUUCUCAAGGAACACAUGGUAGCACUAUGAGGUCUUAAACUGUAAACAUAGACGUGCGUGCAUGCCUGUAAUUAUUGACUAGAUAGCUACAAGACAGUCAGAGUUGAUUUAUUGACUAGAUAGCUACUAGAUAGUCAGAGUUGAUUUCUAAUACAAACUAAGUGCAGGUCUUCACUCUGGAUUUGUUGCACACACCGAGCUCCUCUGAGGAAAGUGAAUUGUAAGGCGUUUCCAAGACAACAUGUUGUUAAAGUUUGCAGAAAUGAAGAUUGAUUUGAGCUAUUUUUCUUAUUAUGUACAAAGACAUAAAGGCAGUGUUUUUCACGAUUCAUAGUCCAUGUAGAUCUGAGCUGGAUGGGAGAAAACAUGUGGAGUUAUUACCCCUUGAUAACGAUCACAGCCUGACCUUCUUUCUCAUGCUAGGUAAAUAAUUUCCAUGGUUGUAUUUGCACUGUUUCUAUUCAUGCUGUCUAUGAAACUAGUGUAGGUAUUUGCAGCAAAAAUUCAAUACUAUUGCACAUGGGACAUCUCCACAUUGAAGUGAUCCUUGGUAUGUGUUAUAAAGGGAGAUAACUCUUGUGGUGCAGUGAUGUACAUUAUCACCUGUAGAUCUGUAAAUAUAUCUCAUCUAGGCGCAAGCCAUCUAGGUCAUGUAAAAAUGUGCGUUUUGGUGGAAGCGGUGAUGUAAGCACAGCCUGAGACUAAUCACCAUGGACUCAGUCAGGGGUCAUCCCAAAAGUCCAUGUCCUUCGUUUCUAGGAAUCUCACGAAUGUUUUGUUAUUAGAUAUUAAUUGGAGCCAUGACCAGGAAGAUCAUUUGCUGUUUUUCAAAUUGCAUAAAAACAAAAAAGAUAUGGAAAACACUCCUGCUCAUGCUUAAGUGAGUGAGUUAAAAUGUUUCAUCGCAUCGGCAAUAUGCUCAUGCUUGAAAUGACCCCUCAUUAAGAUACGUCGUGAAGAUCAAGCUCUGGGCCACCCCCCCUUCCACAAAGUGACCAUAGCGCUACAAUUUUCGUAAGUCUAUGGUACAGUAUGAGAUUUACGAUUGUUUUAGCGCUAAGGUCUUGUAAGUCUAUGGUACAGUAAGAGAUUUACGAUUGUUUUAGCGCUAAGGUCUUGUAAGUCUAUGGUACAGUAAGAGAUUUACGAUUGUCUUAGCGCUAAGGUCUUGUAAGUCUAUGGUACAGUAAGAGAUUUACGAUUGUCUUAGCGCUAAGGUCUUGUAAGUCUAUGGUACAGUAUGAGAUUUACGAUUGUCUUAGCGCUAAGGUCUUGUAAGUCUAUGGUACAGUAUGAGAUUUACGAUUGUUUUAGCGCUAAGGUCUUAUAAGUCUAUGGUACAGUAUGAGAUUUACGAUUGUUUUAGCGCUAAGGUCUUAUAAGUCUAUGGUACAGUAUGAGAUUUACGAUUGUCUUAGCGCUAAGGUCUUGUAAGUCUAUGGUACAGUAUGAGAUUUACGAUUGUCUUAGCGCUAAGGUCUUGUAAGUCUAUGGUACAGUAUGAGAUUUACGAUUGUCUUAGCGCUAAGGUCUUGUAAGUCUAUGGUACAGUAUGAGAUUUACGAUUGUUUUAGCGCUAAGGUCUUAUAAGUCUAUGGUACAGUAUGAGAUUUACGAUUGUCUUAGCGCUAAGGUCUUAUAAGUCUAUGGUACAGUAUGAGAUUUACGAUUGUCUUAGCGCUAAGGUCUUUAAGUCUAUGGUACAGUAUGAGAUUUACGAUUGUCUUAGCACUAGGUCUUGUAAGUCUAUGGUACAGUAAGAGAGUUAUGAUAUUGUCUUAUUGUCUUAGCGCUAAGAUCGUUGUAAGUCUGUGCUAGUUAUGAUCAUCUUAGCACUAAGAUCGCUUUAUGGCACUAGGCCCUGCACAGGUCCAGUUUGAGGGAUUCCCAGUUUCCCGGAAAGUCAGUAGAUACCUAUAGCUCAACAGAGGUGCUUUUCACGGUCGUAACAAAAGACUCUAAUAAUUCAGAUUAAUUUCCAUUUUCAUGAUGUUACUUGUUUCCUGUGUGAAGAAGUAUCUGUGGCUGUGCAGCAACAAGGGCAGCAACCAGUACGCAUUAUGACAUGUUCCGAAUAACGUCAAAAAUCUGGGUUCUCUGUCACUCUUGCAUUGUAGCACCUUGUUUGAAAGAAUUUUACUUCUGUUUUACGACAAUAAACAAAACACGCUCUCAAGAAAGGAUGCCUACAAGCAAAUGCAAUUGAGCAAGGACCAAUCAUUGUGCAUAUAUACUGCCUCUGUUUUGUAAGGUAUCUACCCACCAGCAAGGUUGAAGACCUUCAUCGGUAGAGGAGUAGCUUGCGUCUCGCCCAUCAUUGUAGUGUUCAGUAACUCUUUAAGCAGAACAUAAUGCUGAUUCUAAUUCCUCUGUGACUAACUCAUUAAUAUUUUGUAUUUAUGCAAUGGAAAUUUAUUGUAUAUCUUGCAUGAAGUUUUGCUUUGCACAAUCUUCGCUAUAAAUAUUCCUGGCCCAAAGUUUGAAGCAUGUGCGGUACCAUGAUUCAGUGUAUUUGAUGGGACUGCAGUCUUCAUUUGUAUUAUACAUCUCAAGAUCAUUUGAUGUUAUUUCAUAUUUUUCUGAUCUCAUGUUAAACAUGUACAUGUGUGUUUGUCAUUUGUCAUCUGACAGAGAUGUUGUCGAGGAGGUUAUUAAUGUUUUCAGGUGUUCUUACAUAAGUUCUGUUACAGUCUACCAUUCACAGCCUUGCACCAAACACACAUACAGGUACCACCCACAGUCACAGGUACCACCCAGAAACACAGUUAACACCCAGAACAUACAGGUACCACCCAGAACAUACAGGUACCACCCAGAACAUACAGGUACCACCCGGAACAUACAGGUACCACCCAGAACAUACAGGUACCACCCAGAAUAUACAGUUACCACCCAGAACAUACAGGUACCACCCCGAACAUACAGAUACCACCCAGAACAUACAGAUACCACCCAGAACAUACAGGUACCACCCAGAACAUACAGGUACCACCUAGAACAUACAGGUACCACCCAGAACAUACAGUUACCACCCAAAACAUACAGGUACCACCCAGAACAUACAGUUACCACCAAAAAACAUACAGUUACCACCCAAAACAUACUUUUCCACCAAGAAAACAUACACUGCCUCUGUGGUCUAGUGGAUACAGCAUCUACCCGGUUAGAGGAAGGUUGAGGGUUAAAUCCCCAGAUGGUUCAUAUCAAAUCUACCUAUUUACACACAUUGGCUAACAUCCUACAUAGUCUGAUAAUCACCCACCCACAGCCAAACACAUAGUCAGACAUUGCACCCCAUCAAACACUCGCCCAUCCACAUCAAAGCACCCAUCAAACAUACAGACAUUGAUCCACCCAAACCUUGCACCCUUCAGAAACUCACCAAUCCACAGCCCUUGCACCAUUCAGAAACUCACCCAUCAACAGCCCUUGCACUGUUCAGAAACUCACCAAUCCACAGCCUUGCACCAUUCAGAAACUCACCCAUCCACAUUUUAGCACCAAUCAGACAUUCGGCCACCCACAGGCAUGCUCUCAUAACAAAUACAGACAGUCACCCACCACAACCUUACACUCUUCAGACACUGACUCACCCACAUCAUAACAUCUAUCAGACAUACACUUCACUCACACAAACUUGGGCCCAGACAUACAGCUCCCUAUUUCAACACAGGCCAAGAAUACAUAUAUUGUUUAGCUCAGUAUUCAUUUGAAUGUAGCAAAAUUCACAAUAUAUUUAUUCAUUUGUAUUCUAGAAACAAAUGUUGCAUGCACAGGUAAACCGAAAAUGCCUGUGUCAGUUGAUUUAAUUUCAUGGAUAAAAUACAUUAACAUGUACACAAUUCAGGAACGGGCUAUGUACAUUUGUGCAGACAAAUCUUCUUGUUCCUGAUUGACCAUUGUCAGGACAGCUUUUAUUUCCCAGCAUUGUGAUUAGAUUAACCAACUGACUAGCCUUCCUAGACUCCACCCUCACACAACCUUCACCAUGUGUUGUGGUAACAUGUAUCAUUGUUCUACUUGAUAUUGUGCCACAUGGCACAUAUUGUGCCACUUGGCACAUGUAUUUUUUCAUCAUUGAGAGUUUUAUUGUGCUGGCACAAGGCCCCCACCCGCUGUAGGUCUGUUAUACAUAGUUGGAUCAUGGCACACUCAAUCUUAGGCCAAACUUUUUAUAUCUCUUGGUUUACAGAUUUUCAUGUGAAAAGUCCUGGUUGGUGGGUAUAAAAACAACGGAAUAUAUUUCAGAACUGUUUCUUUUCAACAAAAUGUUCUUUAAAUGAUGUUUACAAAUAUUUUAUCAUUGACCACUUGGUUUAUUUGUUAUUUUAGUUUGGAACAUUUUAGGUAUAAACACAUACUUUUGCUCUGGCGGAUGUAUGAAAAAGGGCUUUUCAGAUAUAUUUUUUCCAUUUUUCGGUUAAUCUUGGUAGAUCCGUAAACCAAUUUUUAGAAAAAGUGUUGCCUUGGACAUGGAGUAUACACUGUACAAGCCUCCUGUGCGGGUUCUGCGCACUGUCUAACAGAAAGUGAGAGAUGUUUUCUGUUUUUUACUGUACCAUGUUGAACAAAAUGGUUUUACUACUUCAGUUUCCGUUUCUCAAUACAAAUAAAUCAUUAAAAUGUUUAACCUGUUUGCCUUGUACAGUGUACUCUCUGGAUCUUUGUACAUCACUUGGGAUACCUACCCCCCUGUACAGUUUCUGUGGGGUGGUGGGGAAGCCUAGUGGUUGAAGUUUUCACUUGUCAUGCCGAAGACCCGGGUUCGAUUCCCCACAUGGGUACAAUAUGUGAAGCCCAUUUCUGGUGUCCCCUGCCGUGAUGUUGCUGCAAUAUUGCUAAAAGCGGCGUAAAACAAUACUCACUCACUCCGGGUUCUGCAUAUACAGGCUAGAUGUAAGACAACUUUAGAACAAUAACCACAACAGUAUCUGCAAUGCUAUUCCGUAUGAGUCCACACACCAGGAUGUGUGUGGAUACCUGCUAGGAGUACAUGCUUGGUACUGUACAUGUCUCAUAUGUGCAUACUUGUAAAUGUUCUUAUAGGACUUGGGGUGGUCGGGUAGCCUUGUGGUUAAAGCGUUCACUCGUCACGCUGAAGACCCGGGUUCGGAUCCCGACAUGGGUACAAUGUGUGAAGCCCAUUUCUGGUGUCCUCCCGCCAUGAUAUUGCUGGAAUAUUGCUAAAAGUGGCGAAAAACCAAACUCACUCAUACAGGCUUUGAGCUCAACAGUACAUCUGUACAUGACCAUAUUGAUCCUUAGGCACUGUAUACAGUGUAUCCAACACCACUGUACGGGACAAGGCCCAGCUCCACUACGACCUCUACAAAGUACAAUAAAGGUGUCUGUACAUGUGUACAUGAGUAACUGUACAGCACACCUGUGGGCACCUGUGUACAUUUCUGUUGCUCCCCAUGUUUUCCUCUCUGAUGUAAGCACCCGCCACCAAUGUAGCGUUUUCAACAUGGCCCCCAACUUUUCACCUGCCACUGUGUUUGCAAAUAAACUCUCCCUCCAGGUU